AUGAAAUCGGUUGAAGGUAAGGCAAUCUUCCAAACACAGCACAAAAAUAAAUUGUGAUUUUUAGAAAAAACAGUCAUCUCAUAUCCGGAAAAGUCCCUUACAAGGCAUGAUAGAUUCACUCACAAACUCCAUGCUGCGUAUCGAGCAUGGGCAGAGGUUGUUGUCCAACAUUCAUGGAAGAUUAUCAUUGCUUGCUUGGCGGUGACAGCGGUCUGCACCUUCAAAAUGGUCACCACUCCGUAAGUUUUUAUAGGCAGAAAUGCAGUGUUUUUUUUUUGGUACAAGUCAUUUUUACUAUACCAAAUUUUACAAAGACAUAUCCAAAACAACAAAAAUUCCGUGACAUUUCGUCAUCCAACCCGUAAAACGGACUAUUCAAAUGUUGUUUUUCCAGUACUUUAAGAGCAAAUUUGUCUAUCAGUCUGUCGGGAAAAUAGUGAGCAUCGCGUCGCUGAAUUGAAGACAAUUUGAGUUUGCCACGACAAAAUUCAUUUUCUCGGCGCGACUUUCCAUGCGAGUGUUCAUUAUUUUUCCGACAGACUGAUGAUAAGCAGAUCGCAGUUUGUACGCUGCUAUGUAGGUAAAGCCUUAAAAAAUGCAAAUAUAACGUACCGCUCAAUAAAACUCUCUAUGUUCAAAAAUUUCAACAGAUGUUUCGCAAAGGUCAUCUUGAGGCUAAAAUAAGAUCUCUGCAACAAAAAUCUUCUAUAACAAAGAAGUUUUUUUUGUCCCUUGAGAUUUGCUGUACAGAGUUUUGAUAAUUCUAUAUAUUUUUUCUUGGCAAAAAACUGUCAUCAAGCCAUGAAAAAUCAUUAUUUUUUCAGUCAUCAGAACAACAUCAAAGGCUAUGCUCCGUUCGGGUCUCGCUCUCUCUACGAAUUCGCCGUUCGCGAAGAAUUCUUCGCGCAAACGGGCGCCGGAGUUCGAAUGUUUGUCCUGAUGGUCCCCAAAAACGGCACGAACAUGCUGACCCAAGAGAAUUUAGCCGAAGCCAUACGAGUUGACGAGCUGAUCAAAUGGAAUUCCAGUUUCCUUCAUAAUCAUAUCACUGGUCAGCAGGAACCAUUUGCAAUGUUUUGCAGGCGCUUUUGCAAAAUUAAUGAGCCAGUCCAUGCAUUUUAUGUGAGUAAAACUAUGAGAUAAUUAUGAAAUAUUUCGAAUUUAGAAAGGGAUUCAAUUUGAGAACGAGCUGCUGGCGGAGAAUCAGAGUUUAGGCGAUCAACUGGACUUAUCCUAUCCCACGAUGACACUUUUCGGGAGGAGAGUCAACAUUCAGGUAGGUCCUGCCGUUCUAUUUCUAAUUUUAUCGCUGAUCGUUGAAGAAAAAUCUUUCGUUUGAAAAGAAAUUUUUAUCACUCCGUCGGAAAAAUAAUGAGCGCUCUGUAGCAAAAAUCGCAUAGCCAAAAAUGAAUUGUGUCGCGGCAAAAACAAAUUUCUUUUCACUUCAGCGACGGAAUUCGCGCAGCGACAUAGUGCUCAUUAUUUUCCCGACAGAUAGUUGUAAAAAAUUAAAAUUUUGCAAAAUAUUAUACAAUAAACCCAUUUGUAAAAUACGUCCAAGUCUCUCAAAUCCGGAGCAAUGAUAUUUUUUCUUCAGGCAAAUUUCUUCGGGAUCCACAAAGCCAACAAGACCCAUCCACCAAUCUUUCCCGGACACUCCAAUCUUCAUGCCGCCGAUAUGGUAGUCCUCCUCUAUCGUGCGGAACGUAUUGGUGGAUGGUCGGACAAAGAGAUCAAGGACUAUGAAAUGGCCACUUCCAGGUACAUCAAGGAUCAAUUUCACAGUGAUAUCCUCGACGUUAUGACCAUUUCCACUUCAUAUGUUGAGGCCGAAGUCGAUCGAGCUGGCCGGACGUUGAUGCCGUAUGUCGGGCUUGGCUUCAUUGUCAUGAGCACGUGCGCUGUGACAUCAGUUAUUGUGUCCUGUUUGUACUUUGGAUCGCUGAUCUCGUACAAGGUGAGAAUAGAAAAUUUAUUUUAGGAAGUUGAAAAAUGAUGUCUUAUUGUGUCCUUUACAGAUUCCCUUGGCAAUUGUUGGAUGUAUUUGCCCGUUUAUGGCCUCGGGCACCGCUCUGGGAGUUUUGUUUUAUUGCGGACUUCGUUACGGCGCAAUUCUAGCGGUCUCACCGUUCCUGUUGCUAGCCAUCGGUAGGAGAAACUUUUUAUUCUUCACUUUUCCACAAUUUCUUAUGUCACAAACAACGUUCCAGGUGUCGACGACGCUUAUCUAAUGAUUCAUGCCUGGCAACAUGUCAGCACAAAUUUCCGCACUCGCCCAUCGAAAGAUGACACUAUCGCCGAGAGAAUUGCCCUUAUUUUGAUUGAGACCGGCCCAUCAAUCCUAAUUUCGGCGUUGGCCAACAUUUUCGCGGAUGCUGUGGGAUCUUUUACCGGCUCCAUGGAGAUCACACUGCUUUGUGUUGGGAAUAUCGCUUCGAUUUGUGUGGACUUCUUUUAUCAAAUCACAUUCUUCACAGCAGUCCUGGCAAUUUUGGGACAGAUGGAAAUGAACAAGGAAAAGAAGGCCAGAGAGGUGGAAGAAACGAGUAAGGCGGUGGAAUCUGAUAGUGAAUCGAGUGGAAGUGAUGUAAGUAGGGGUUGGGAUUGAGCAAAAAAUGCUAGAAAAUCGAUUUUUCGUAUGUGUCUAGGGAAGAGCCUAGUGUAUGAAUCUGUCGGGAAAAUAAUGAACGCAAUGUCGCGAUCGCGUCGAUGAAGUGACAAGCAAUUUGAGUUUGCCGUGACACAGCUCAUUUCCUCGGCGGCCAUGCGAUUUUUGAUGCAACAGAGUGCUCAUUAUUUUCCAGACAAAUUUAUCAGUACGUCGAAAAAAUAAUGGCGGAUCGUCGCGCCUUGAAAUCGCCCAUUAUCGCUUAUCGCUACGACAAGCCGCGGCUGGGGAUUUGGUGCGCGACAGCGGCGAGGCGAGACAUUUCGCUGCGAUGGCCCGCCGUUAUUUUCCCGACAGACUGAUAUAUACCGAGCUCUUCCCGAGAGAAUUGAGACAAAUCGAUUUUAAGCAUGCGUUGGCUAAUCAGACUGAUGUCUGAGGUCAGUAAAGAGAUAAGUACUACAACAUACACAACGAAAUAGCUUUAGGCAGUAACUACCUUACGCUGACAAUGUUUGAGCAAUUCUCUUGAAAAACCACGAUGGUUUUUAAAUUUCAUUGGAUGACUAGAAAGUACUCUUUUAACUUGUUUUCAGCGCCCUCUCCGCAACAAAGUGCGCUCUUCCUUCCUAAGCCUUGUCGACGGCUAUAUCACCUUCAUUACUCACUGGCUGGCCUCCUUAUUUGUCUGCAUUAUAUGGGCAAUCUUUUUAGUUUUUGCUGUCAAAGCCAUGCUCGGCUUCGAGAUCAAUUUAACGACGUCCAAGCUCUUCGCCCGAGACUCUCCGCUCCAUAAAAUUGAAAAAUACCGCGAGAAUAUGGUGCUUCCCUACUUUACUCAAGCCCAAAUCUUUGUGAACAACCCAGGCAACUUGUCGCUGCCGGAACAACGCAAAAAAGUCCAUCGUCUUGUCGAAGCAAUGGAAGCGUUGCCGUAUGCUUAUGAUAAAGAGAGCAGUAACUACUUUUUACGCGACUUUGAAGUCUUUGUAACUCAAUCUGGAAUGUUCGGAAUGGAGGAAGAGGUGGACGAGGAUUUUGAAAGAGAAAUGAAAAAGAAUGUCAGCAAUGAAAUACUUGAUAUGAACGAGUUGGAGAGCUUUCUAUCUUGGUCGGAAUACGAUUAUUACCGAGGCUUUUUGAAUACGCACAAGGAUGAGUAAGUUGGUUGAAAAAUUGUGGGUAAAAUUAGCAAAAAAUGGGCUCAUUUUUAAAUAUUUUUUUUGAGGUUUUUGGCAGCUCUCUUUUAAAACACGAUUUCUGAGUCAGUGAAGCAGCCUUUCGUUAGGCCGUGACAUAGAAAAUUUCGAUCUCGGGUUUUUUGCCUUAAUGUGACCGACAUCAUCCUAAAAACUUAUUGGCAAAACAGUUUUGCCUACUUCCGCCGUUAACAUAGUUGUUUUUACAAUUUAUUGUUUAUACAGUAAUCCACAAUAAUUCAGUAAUGACCACACAGAUAUUCAUGAAAUUGUGUAUACUGAUGUUUUCGAACUCGUAGAUUUCAAAAAAAGUGGUUUUGACUCAUUAGGAUUACUGUAACAUACCAAACUGCCGAUUCGGCCGCCAAAAAUCGGCCGUAAAAACUUUGUUUCUGAAAACCCACAGCUGAUUUUUACAUAUGUUAAUCAGCAUAAAAUUCUGCCCUAUAAACGUUAAAAAAAAGUCCAAAAAGUGGGGCGGCAUUUUUCAUGGUAUAGUGGUUUUGGGUCAGAACUACCAAUCCAGCGUCCCGAGUUCGAGUCCGCCUGGAUGCAAAAACCAAAAAUAAAGCGUACUGUACCAUGGAAUACUGUAACAUAAAACUUUUUUUCCUUAACCGUGGUUUUCUUCUAAAUUCUUCAAAUGAAAUUUUGAUUUUUUUUUGGUUAGCUUUUCUAAACGGUCGAAACCAUACGCGCUGCAUAUUUAAAAUAAAAUUCCAUCUCUAUUCCAGUGUGUAUUCAUAUCAUCGUUAAUUGGUGAAACUUCGGGAGAUUUCUCAGGUCUUUUGAAUCGUACGGCCAUAGAAACAUUUUGGUGUUCCAACCGACUCAUUCUUAACCAUUUCUAUCAUUAUAGUGAUAGUCCGAUGUCUCUGCGCUCUGUGGUAUGUGAAAAACUAAAUCGGGUUUAAUGUUACAGUACUCCAUGGUACAGUAAGCAAUCAAAAAAAGCUAACGGAAAAGUUUCUUAGAAUUAUCCCUAGAAGAGCUGGUAUCAAUUUCAAACGAUUUGAAAACGUUUUAUUUUUUCGCGAAUUUAUCAUCUAAAAUUAUAUAAAAUCCAUUUUUAUCUCAAAUAGGGGUAUCAUCUAUGCCUAAAAUUAUUCAGUCUCCCUCAUACAGACCCCAAGACCACAUCAAAGCUAAUUUACGCUUUAUUUUUGGUUUUUGCAUCCAGGCGGACUCGAACUCGGGACGCUGGAUUGGUAGUUCUGACCCAAAACCACUGUACCAUGAAAAAUGCCGCCCCACUUUUUGGACUUUUUUUUUAACGUUUAUAGGGCAGAAUUUUAUGCUGAUUAACAUAUGUAAAAAUCAGCUGUGGGUUUUCAGAAACAAAGUUUUUACGGCCGAUUUUUGGCGGCCGAAUCGGCAGUUUGGUAUGUUACAGUAAUCCUAAUGAGUCAAAACCACUUUUUUUGAAAUCUACGAGUUCGAAAACAUCAGUAUACACAAUUUCAUGAAUAUCUGUGUGGUCAUCACUGAAUUAUUGUGGAUUACUGUAUAAACAAUAAAUUGUAAAAACAACUAUGUUAACGGCGGAAGUAGGCAAAACCGUUUUGCCAAUAAGUUUUUAGGAUGAUGUCGGUCACAUUAAGGCAAAAAACCCGAGGUCGAAAUUUUCUAUGUCAAGGGCUGCUACACUCACUCAGAAAUCGUGUUUUAAAAAAAAAGUGUACUAGCCUGUAAAAUAUUUCUGUUGUAGGUACCAAGAAAAGACUGAUAUUUUCAGAAGUUUAUUCAUGACUUAAAUGCAGUCUCGGCGCUUAUAAAGGCAGUAUCCCAAGUGCGACGCUCAGAUUUUCUUUAAAUUUUCCACACGCGUCGGGAAUAGACUAAAUAUCAAUUCCUGAAAGUUUUAGCUCGCGCUUUGCAGGCGCCAACGAGAUAUUGAACCAUCUUUGCCGGCGAAAGAGCACGCUCAACGCGGAGAGCGGUCAGAGAGAAAGAAACACUUUCUGGCCAUAACUUUGCUAGUUUCACGCGGAAAAAAGCCUUUCCACUGUAUUUCUUUACGGUACAAAAUAGGUACGAAACCUCUUGUGCCGGAAUUUGGGUAAAAGUCUCAAAUUUUCGCCGACUUUCCAUCUAAAAAUCUCGGUUGUUUCUGCAAAGCGCGAGCUAGAAUUCUCGCAUAUAUCCUAGAAAAAAUUAUUCUGAAUUUGUGCCAAGUUUCAUCAAAAUCUGAGCGUCGCACUAUGUGAUCUUUGUUGUCUUUUCCAUCAGCUAAAAACGUUGAAAUCUCAAAGUCACCCAUUUUUUGGCGUUUUCUAAUUCUCGCCUGUUUGACCCCUAAACUUCUCCGGACAUUUCAGAGCCAACAACACAGUCAUUGACAACUUCCUGGUGUACGUUGCCUAUCACGGCGAUGACCUAAAAGAUUGGUACAAACGAGCCGGAGUUCUUCGCCAAUGGCGUGAAACCAUCGACAAAUACGGGAAAGAAAUCAACGCCACAGUCCUCCACGACGACGGGCUGUACCUGGACCUGCUCGAGAACAUGCCCACGGACAUUUGGCAGUCAGGCUUGGCCACUGUUCUCUGCAUGGCCGGUAUCUGUCUGCUGUUUAUGUGGAAAUUGAAGCCGGUGUUGGUGGCGGCCGCUUGCAUCGCCUCGAUUAUGGUGUGCACUUUGGGCUGGAUGGCGAUGCAAGGGAUGACAAUGGACCCGAUUGUGAUGGCGGCGGUGAUCAUUUCGAUUGGAUUCAGUGUGGACAUCCCGGCUCAUGUGUCGUAUCAUUUUCAUAUGGCCGAGAAACAGCUCGAGGGAAGGGUGGAAGUGGCGGACAGACUGAGAUUUGCCCUGACUACGGUGGGAUACCCGGCUUUCCAAGUAAGCAUAAUAUAUCAGUAAAGAAAUAUUGUACAGUGGGGGACCGGACCCAGUGGCAAAAAAGGUACCAUUUUGUAUCCGGGAAGUAUCAAAAAUGUGGCAAGAUGCUUCCCUCUUCAAGUGAAAAAACUUCGUUUUGAAGGGCGCGCCCUUUCUCCUCACAAAAAGAGCGGGCGACCUUUUGAAAUCUGAUAAACUUUUUUACUUGGAGAGGGAGGUAUUUUGCCACAUUCCUUGAUGCUUCCUGGAUGCAAAAUGGUAGGUUUUUGGCCACUGGAUCAGAUCACUGUAUGCUAAGAAAAUUUUUUAAAAUAACGUGUUUUAAACACUGUAAAUAUAUAAUAUAAUGAUUCAGGCGUCUUUGUCGACCAAUAUUUGCGUCCUUUGCCUCCUGUUGGUCCCUCUUUAUAUGGCCAGAGUGUUCGUCAAUGUGAUGUGUGUUUGUAUCACGCUGUGUGCCAUUCAUUCGUUGAUUCUCAUGCCCGCUCUCUACGCUCUCACCGCCAAUAUUAAGAAUUUUCUGUGCAAAUCCUAG